AUGCCCUCAGCCAUGGUGAACGAAAACGAGGUCGAGCUCAGCAACAUUCUUGAGGAGAUCGAGACCUACAAAUGGAUCCUCGAGAGUUAUGCUCCAAACGAAACAGCCAACAUCGAAGACACCAAAAGGACAAUCAGGGAAUUGGAGGCCAAAGUGCGCCAGCUCUGUGGCGAGCCUUCUCCAGUUCCAGAAACAGCUCCUCCUUUGACCUCACCGCCGCGAUCGAUGGCUGAAACACCUCGGUUAGCAUCACAGGUUCCACAAAUGACCCCAUCUCCUCAUCAAACCCGGACCAUUCCUUUACCACAGACAUCCGGACAUUGGCCGUCUUCUGCCCCUUCUCCUUUUGGAAACCCGCCUAUACCUGCCAGCGGACAGAAUGGGUGGUCCUUUGCCAAUAUACCUUCUCGGUCUUCAGCUGUCGAUUCUCCCCGUAAAAGAGACCGCCAGGAUUCUUUUGAGACCUCUACCCCUAGCCAGUCUGUCAAAAGGACAGCUGUGAACCCAGCGCUGUCUCGUGUGGAUGCUAUCAAAAAGGAACUUGCCAUGCAGUUGGAGAACAACGUCAAGAUCCAUGCUGAUAUGAGACACCCUGAUGCAGUCCGGCGAACUGCUGAGUUUGAGGACAAAAGUGAGGCUGAGGUCCUUGACGAGAUCGACGCGGAGGAGGAAGAAAGUCGGCGAACGAUCGAGCUCAAAUAUCAAAUGGAGAUUGACGAAGCAUAUGCUCGAUCUUUACAGGCACAGUACCUGGUGCCAGGGCAUGAUCCAGAGUCUGAGUUGCCCUUACAGAACACUCUGAGGCGGUCUGCUCUACCACAGCCUCAGCAGUCCUACCGAUCAUCCUCCCAACCUUAUUCAUCCACCAGUCUACGUAGCGAUGCUUUUCACCGUGGAAUGUCACCUGUGGCUGACUCUGACGAUGGAUUCGAUUCUUCUGACAGUCUGGAAGAGAUUACCCCAGAUGCCUGGAGAUCUCGGUUUGGGGCUCCAACUAUGCCUGGAGGUUAUCCCCCCAAAUCCGAGGCCACCAUCUCACCCUCUUCCUUUGCCCUCGCAACUGAUACCAGACCCGUUGAGGGACGCUCUCGGGAUGCCCCGGAGACUUCCAUGGAUGACCCAGCUCGCACAGCCCAUCCUGAAAUGAAGGUCUUCGAUGCGAUUCGCGAGCAGCAGGAUAUGGAUGAAGAUGCGAUCGACUUUGAGAUGUACAAAGAGGAGGACUUCCCAACAGACAUCAAGACUCUUCUCACGGGCAUUAAGGAUAUCAACAAGGCAACCAAAGCUGAUACUGACGCCGGACCUUCUGCACUAAAAGUGACUCUGAUGAAACAUCAAAACAUUGGGUUGGCAUGGCUCAAGGCCAAAGAGGAUAGCACUCAUAAGGGAGGAAUCCUCGCAGAUGACAUGGGCCUCGGGAAAACCAUCCAGGCCAUCGCGCUGAUGGUAGCACGGCCAUCCACAGAUCCAGAACGGCACCCUACCUUGAUUAUUGCACCAAAAGCACUCAUGGAACAAUGGCGGUUGGAGAUCGGCCGUCAUGUCAAGCCUGGGUUUCACCAGCUAAAAGUAUUGAUCUACCAUGGCGCCACGCGUAAUACUCCCUGGAAGGAGAUUGCACAGCACGAUGUCGUGAUCACGACUUUUGGUACCCUAACUGCCAAUCACAAGAUGUACCUCCAAGCAGAUGAGCUUGAACGGCAAGGUAGGGACGUCAGCAUAGUCGCAGCAACUCGUGAGAAAGCAACGUUCUUCACCCCUAAGAGCUUAUUCCACCGGGUGAUUAUCGACGAAGCCCAAAAUAUCAAGAACCCAGCUUCCAAAGGGAACCAGGCAUGCUGUGCAUUGGACUCUCAAUUUCGCUGGUGUUUAACCGGUACACCAAUGAUGAAUCGGCUAGAGGACUUCCAAGCAUUGCUCAGUUUUCUUCGAAUUCGUCCAUACUGCGUCAGACAAAAAUUCAAACAGGACUUUGUUCGGCCAUUGAAGAGCGGAUAUGGCGAGGAGAAUGUUAUGGUGCAACUCCGAAUUCUCGUCAAAUCAGUCUGCCUUCGUCGUACGAAGAAGACAAAGAUCGACGGCCAGCCAAUCCUGCAACUUCCCCCAAAGGUCAUCGAGAAGGUGCACGUUGUCUUUAAUGAGACAGAAAGAGAGCUCUACGAUGAGCUCAGUUCCAGUACCCAACGGACGGUCACCCGCUUAUUGAAAUCUGGUACUCUGGGCCGGAAUUACAGCCAUGUGCUUGUACUACUUCUCCGGCUGCGACAGGCGUGUGAUCAUCCACACUUGAUUACCGGUGGCAACUCCGGUCCGCUAGCUCCAGCAGUCGAAGGUGUUGAUUUGAUUGCCAACGCCAAACUCCUAGCUCCCCCCGUUGUAGAGCGGAUCAAGAAGAUCCUCAUUGCCCCAGGGACCAACAAUGGCGACGAUGGCGACGAUGGAUCAUGUCCUGUCUGCUUUGAUGCGGUCGAGAACUCAGUCAUCUAUAUUUCCUGUGGGCAUUCGGUUUGCUCGGAGUGUUUUGCCAAGAUCACUGACCCAGCUCAGCUCGCGCGGGUAUCUGACUCAGAGUUUGCUAAGUGUCAGAACUGUCGCAGCGAAGUUGAUCCCCUAAAAAUCACGGAUGCUGUUUCGUUCAAGAAAGUUUACGAUCCUGCCUUAGCUGAAUCUCCAGAUAAGCCAGCAGAAACAUCAACCGAGACCGGAUCGGCUUCAACCACGGCUUCAGAAACAGACACAGAUUCGGAUCUAGAUGACUCGGAAACAGGAACCUUGGCCGAGCGCAAGUCAAAGCACAAGACUCUUGGUGAACUGCGCUCCAGUGGCCUUAGAAACAAGGCAGAGAAGAAGAAAUACUUGCAGCGCCUGGAAAAGAACUGGGUUUCCAGUGCCAAGAUUGACAAAACUAUGGAGAUCUUGCAGGCGAACGAAGAUCGUGGCCAGGGCGAAAAGACAAUCGUCUUCAGCCAGUUCACCGCACUCCUGGAUCUCCUCGAAGUCCCCAUCAUGCGCCGCGGCUUGGGUUACAUGCGAUUUGACGGGAGCAUGAAUGUUAACGAGCGUAACAUCUCGGUGGCUACGUUCACGGACAACCCCGACUGCCGCAUCAUGCUUGUGUCGCUCAAGGCGGGGAAUGCCGGGCUGAACCUCAUCGCUGCUUCGCAUGUUAUCAUCUUCGACCCCUUCUGGAACCCGUACGUGGAAGAUCAGGCCAUUGAUCGUGCUCAUCGGAUUGGCCAGUCCAAGGAUGUUUUUGUGCAUCGCUUGCUCAUCCCAGAUACGGUUGAGGAUCGUAUUAUCGCCCUCCAGGAUAAGAAACGAGAUCUCAUUAGUGGUGCCCUGGAUGAGGGUGGUACUCUAAAUGUCUCCCGCCUUGAUACAAGGGAGUUGGCUUAUCUCUUUGGCGUACGACAAUAA